AUGCAGAACUAUUUAACAACGCGUUAUCGUCGCGUUCACGACAAAAUCAAAGAUGCUCGAAUGUCGGAUGUCGGGAACAAAUUUUCCAAAGUACGUUCGUUCGUUCGUUCGUCAAAAAAAUCGGCCUUGAAACAGCCGACGUUGAACAAUCGUAACGUUCAAUUUCAGAGCCUCAGAGAAAUCAGAAUAUUGUCGCUGUUGAAUCAUUUUCCACAAUCACUGAACAAGGUCUCCCUCGUCGGUAUGAGAGUGCCGGAAUUCCCCUACAACCAACACUGGCGAAAAUCUUGGCUAUUCAAGUAUUGGGCAGUUUGUUUAGUCGUCUGUUUGCCCGUGAUAUAUCAAUUGCAAGCGACGAGCUCGGAGAAGUUAGAAAUCGUUCCGAGACGGGACUCGGCGGAAACACCGGCGGAGAAGAGUAGAGUCGAGCAGGUAGCAGGAAAUAUUUCACGUGGUAGAGAGUGA